AUGAAGCCCUCCUUCAUCCUCCCCGUCGCAGCCCUCGCGGGCUCGGCCCUCUCCGCCGCCGUGCCCCAAUCCCAGGGCCUGGUCCCCGUCCUCGUCCCCGAGUUCAGCAACGCCGCCUUCACCCCCGCGGACCGCGAGGACGCCGACAAGGCCUACUCCGCCCCCGGCACCUACCUCGACGGCGAGGAGGCCGCCUACCUCGCCUCCGUCGACCUCGACACCGAGGGCGCCGCCGCCUGGGCCAGCGUCCACGCCGACCUCCGCGCCGCCCUCAUCGCCAACACCCACGUCACCAACUUCACCGCCGCGGACGCCGACCCCUACCCCGUCACGCUCAAGUGGGCCGGCGCCCACGUCGAGAACCAGAACAAGAACAAGACCGCGGAGCUCGAAAAAGGCAGAAAGGCUGCCCUUGGGAUCGGAGCGCUAAUCCUCUUUCUCUUUAAACCCGUCCUUGGGGUCCUCGCGGCGGUCCUCGCCAACAAUGGCACCCAGCCCACGGGCGGCCGCCCCAAGAUCCCUGACUUCCACGUCGGCCUCAACGCCGACGGCGUCUGCAGGUAUUUCCAAGGCGCGGCGUGGAAGGCCCAGGAGCUCCGCAGGCCCGUGGAGCAGUUCUCGCCCGAGUACGUCCCGUGGCUGGUUGAGAACAAGGGCCCUUACAUCUAUGUCCUCGACGGCCUCCGCGAGAUCGAGUGGACCUUCUGGACGCUCGGCCGCGCCCUCGAGUACACCUCCUCCUUCACCGAGGAGGAGCAGUUCAAGAUUGCUCGCUGCGCCACCCUCUUCGCCGGCUCCAACCUCCAACUGACCACCGUCCCUCAACUCCCUCCCACGGGUCCCGGACCAGCCGUCCCUCCCCGGCCCCUCCCCGCCACGUCUAGGAACACAACCGUCCGCCCGGCCCCCGUUCCUCAAACCACCUCCCUCUCCCCCUCCCCGACACCCACCAUCCUCCCCCGCGACAACGAGGCGGAGGCCGUCAACGUGCUCAGGCACACGCGCCUCUUCGGCUUCCGCUCCCUCCUCCGCCUGCUCGAGGAGAAGGCGCCCAUCUCAAAGUACCAGACGUACGCCAACGUCCGCAUCAUCCGCGUUCUCGAAAACCUGGGUUUCUCCCUCGACAGCGUCCGCACCUCGGUCGACCGCAAGCUCGGCACCGAUGCCAAGGUUUACUUGAUCCGCGGCGAUUACUUCAACAUGUACGAGCAGUUUGGCCGGACGGUUGGGGCCUUUGAGCGCAACCUUUGA